AUGGCAUUUCUUCCAAUAAUGUUUGGUUCAAACAACUGGGGACCUCAUAUUCGUUGCCCUCGUCGCUACCGGAAUGAUUUCGUCGGGGACAUUAUAACACCCCUAGCAAUAAUGCAAGCUAUGUUAGAUUCAGAAAAUGAACAAGAUUCAAAAAAUGUGAGUUCAACCCUCCAACAGCGACCGGCGUCGGCGGUAACUAUUGAUAAAAAUAAAUUCCAAGCCAAUUUUGAUGUGCAACAUUUUAAACCAGAUGAAAUUACUGUCAGAGUAGCUGACAAUUAUGUUACUGUCGAAGCUAAACACGAGGAAAAACAAGAUGAACAUGGCCACAUAUACCGACAUUUCAUCAGAAAAUACAAAUUACCAGAAAAUUGUGAUUCGAGUAGAUUAGAAUCCAGGUUGUCUACAGAUGGAGUUCUAACAGUCGUCGCUCCUCUUAUGGGGGAUAAAACCGAGCAGAGAACCAUUCCGAUAACUCAAACUGGCCAACCGGUUAGAACAGCCGAAAAGAAAAAACCGGAGGAAGAAAAACCAAUGGAGUAAAUCGAGUUUUUGAAAAAUCUCUUUUGUUAUAAGACUGUUUUUGCUGUAUUACGUAUUAUUUCCUAACUAGUUUUAAAAAAAUAAUUUAAGUUUUUUUUUUAUUUUGUUAGUGUUUAAAUUUUUCUAUAGAAAAUGUAAGUUUUUUUUAAAAUUUGUAUUACAUUACACUACUAUGAAUGUAACAAAAAUUCAAUAAAAGUCAACUUUGAAUCA